AGACAUUCCAGGAAAACCAGAAAAACAUGCUCCAACACUUGUACUGUCUCCAUCCAUCCCAUCAAACAGUGCUUCGUAUGUGCCAGACAACUCUAGGAAACUUGGUUCUAGUUGAUAUGAGCCAGUAUUGGUAUGUUAUUUUUUUCCAAAUAAUAACCAGGAGUAGUAAUUUAUUUAUGCAUUAUCCUCUUAAUGCUAUGAAUUUUUAGCAUCCAAAACUAUCUUUAUCAUCACUACAAAUGCAUUUCAGACUUAGUAUAUUAUUUUCUAGUGUUAUUAAAUUAGGUUUUAAAAAAGAAGAAAAAUUGUUGACCAUUUCCUCUCUAUCUGCACUAAUAUAUUUCAAUAUUUUGAUUCUUUUUUAUUUAAAAUUUAGAUUUGCUGAAUUUACAUAAUUUGUAAUAAAAUUCAGUUGUUUAUUAUAAAUACUAGUUAAAACAAAUUAAGAUUAACAUAAACAAUAAAAAUUCCUAUUAUAAUUUUUAAAUAUCUAGAUUAGCCAUGUCAUUUUGAAAAGUAAAUUAUUCUUUAUAGUUUUUUGGUAUAUGUUUCGUUGAAUCUUAACUUUGAUACAUUCUUUUGUAAGUUUUUUCUUCUUCAGAUUUUAAGUUAAUUACGAAACUUGAAUUUGAAAUUAAAAAACAAAAGUCUUUGGUAUCUUCUAAUUUCUUUAACCCACGAACUGUCCCUUGUUUGUUUCUGUACUGUGGAGUCAAUUUAGAGCUUUUUGGGUGCCUUUGAAAAAUGUGAUUUUUUCACAAUCAAAUACUAUAGCUAGACCCCAUAAAGUAUAUAUUUAUUGAAAGUAGACUGGGUGGGAAAUCAUUAUCAUACUGGCUAUUUUUUAAUAUUUUUUUACUCGCUGACCGUGACUUUGACCUUGGAGUGACCAAGAAUAAAGAAAAUAAAGAAAAUUUUUCUUUUCAAGUACCUCAAACUACAAUUUUUUGAAGGCAUAUUAUUAUAAUGUUUAUAUAAUAUGAUAGCAUUUUUAUAUAUCUUUCAGAAAAUGUAUUAUUUGUAUAUGUUUUAGUUAUUAAUAUAUAUUUUUUUUUAAAAUUUCUUCUGAUACUUAUAAUUACGUGAACGUAACAAAGCAUGACAUAGACAAUGUAAACAUUGCUAAAUAGCAAGAAACAGAUAAAAUUUCAAAAGCUGUUGUAUACAAAUUUUAUCCAUAAAAUGAAAUAUAACAAAACAUUUAUAGAACAACAUCCAAUUAUUUUUUGUUGGUACAAAAUCAUCUAAAAAAUAGUUUUGAAUGUUGUUGAGGCAAUUUAUACUCGUUCUAGGCCUAGGUCUAAAUCGUCCGAACUUUCGCUUUCUGACCCAGUAGAAAAAUAAUCAGAAUUAUCAAUGUCUUCGUGUGUGAUCGGAAAAUCAUCUUCCAAAUCAUUUAAGUCAUUAACUAAUAAGAAUUAUCAAAAAGAUUCCUAACUGAUUUAUUUUGUAAGCCAGAUGGUCCAGCUAUGGCCUCAUCCACUUCGCGAAAAUCUACUGACACAAAUUUUCUUGAUAAAGAUUGUUGCAAAAAAGUCAAAGAAGAGCGAAAAAGAGAAAUUAAUUUAUUAAUAAAAGGAAGUAGUUUUAUUUAGUGUAAAAUAUUGGACUGGAACUUAUUCUUUCAACGCAAUCUUUAUCUGCCGUUUUUAUCGGCCGUCACAGUUUGGGAAGAGGAAAUCUGGAGAUGAAAUCGGCUAACGACAGUUCAUGGGUUAAAUACAAUUAUUCUAAAGAUAAAAAAAAUUUUAUUUACAAUCUUUAAAAAAUUUUGUUAAAAAAUCUCAAAUUAGAUUAAAGAAUUAAAGAUAGAGCCCUAAUAAGCAUCAUUGAUACAACCUUUUUUUUAAAAUCAGAAAAAAUAUAUAAAAUUGUUAUUAUUUCAGCCUAUCAGGCCCUAUCGAGUUUGACAGCCUAAAAAACAAUGUUACCCUUGAUCUGGAGAAAACAGAAGAAAAACUGAUGCACUCGUAA